AUGUAUCAUGAUCUUCAACCUCAAUAUUGGUCUCAUAUUCAAGGUAAUCUUAAGAUGACUAUAAGCUUAACAGAUGGCACACAGUCUAUAAGAAGUGGGGAACAUGUUAUCUACAAAGAAGAUGUCCAACAAAUUAAAAUUUCUAUCACUAAUUACGGGAACAUCGUGCAUGUCGAUGAUGAGGAUCUUGGAUAUGAUGAAAUUAUCUUUUGCAACACUUACAUGUAUGAAGAAAAGUUUGAUGAGGAGGCCUUGAUGCCUUUAAGAAGUAGAACCUCGGUAGGGUGCAACAAGAGGUACCUAGUUUGGAUCACCACCUUAUAUGGACCUCGAUGA